CGUGUUUAAAAAGCAUUUCAAGCCCGGAUUUUCGCCAGUAAUAGGAUUACAGUGAUGGGCCUACUUACUAAAAGUCUUCUGGCUGUGCUAGUCUUAUACUCUCUGCGCAAUGCGGAGAGUCGCUCAAUACCGGAGGGGAGCAUCGUGACCUCGGAUGGGGAGAUCGACAUCUCCCGCUUCGCGGAGGCGACGGUGGUGCUCAACAAGAUGGACGCCAUCAUGAAGGGGGCCCUCGGGGCGGCGGCCCAGCUCGACGACGCCGCCAGGCUCAUCAGGAAGCAGCGCGACGCCGCCUCCGUCGAGAGGACCUACAAGCAGGCCGUCCAGGGGGUCCUCGACAACCUCCAGGCCGGCAAGAGCAAGAUCGAGCGGCUCCUCAAGGCCCUCGCCCAACGCGUCCGCUCGCACGUCAAAUCAACGGUAUCACUGGCCAAGAUAAUCGGAGAGACGCCACGUCAAGAGAUGCUGAGCCUACCCGAGCGCGCCGAGAAGAACGAACUGGAGCCGAUCGCGGUUCUGGAGGUGAACCCCAAUGACGUCAUCGACCAGGCCCUGAAGAAGAAAUUCCGGGCUCGGGACUACCCCAAGAACUUGUACGGCAAGAAGACCUCCUCCUACAAGAAACUCCACAUCAUCGAACAGGCCCUCAAGACGGACUUGAGCGGAAUCCAAGUCGACCUCCAGAGCGUCGUCAAGCAGCUCAUGCAAGGCUUCUACGCCUCCAAGAACAUCCAGAAGGAACUGAAGAGCACCGGCGAAUACCCUGAGAACCAAGAAGCUCAAGAGGAAGCCGCCAUGGUAGCCUACUCGAUCGCCAACCAGAUACUGGAUAAGACCAAGGGCAAGAAACCAGAAAAGAAACCUGCUGUGAAACCUGAGGAGAAGAAACCUGAAAACAAACCUGUAGAGCCGGAGGCAAAGAAAGAGGAAGUGAAGGACGAGUCCGCGAAACCUGCAGGCGUAGAGGAACAGAAAGAUGAAGCCGCAAAACCUGUAGAUAAUAAAGAACAGACUCCGAAUCCUGAAAAUGCGGGCGAACAGAACGGAGAUGCCGCCAAGCCUGCCGAACCUGAAGAAGCUACGAAACCUGUAGAUGAGGCUCCAGUGAAACCUGAAGAAGCUGCAAAACCUGCAGAGGAAACUCCAGUGAAACCUGAAGAGACUGAGAAUACGAAAGAGGAUCAAACAAACGCCCCGGCAGAGGAGCAGCCAAAGGACGAGUUCGUUAAACCUGCAGAGAAGGAAGAGCCCGCUUCCAAGUCUGAAGAUGCUGAUUCUUUGAAAGAGGACCCAUCAGAGAAGCAGAAAGAGAGCCAAGAUGCGUCAAGACCGGAAAAUGAGGUGACCGAUGAAAAGAACCAGAGCCCCGCUACGCAAGAGGAACCGGUAUCAACAAAACCGGAACCCGUGAACCAAGACCAGGAAAAUAGCGAGUCAGCGAAACCGGAACAUGACGGAGAACAGAAACCUAAAGAGGAACCGAGACCGGCUGAAGAAACAGCAGCAGGAAAAGAAGCUGAAUCCGAUGCAGAGGAGGAACAACCAAAAAAUGAAGAAGCAGAUAGUCCAGCAGAGAGCACUCCUGAAGAUAGCCAAACCCCGAAGGAAGAAACUCAAAACCCUGAAAACUCCAACAAUAGUGAUAAACCUACCAACGAGGAUGAAGCUAACAAAGAACCCGUAAAACAGGAAGAAGAAGCAAGUGCUGCUACCCCAGAGGAAACGGAACCCACAAAACCAGAGACCGAAAAUGAGCCCGCAAAACAAGAGGAAGGAAACAGAGAACCGGAUGAAACUCAGAAGCCACAAGACGAGUCAAAGCCAGUCGAAGAGGCAAAUGCAGAAAGAGACGCGGAUUCUGAUGGAGCGAAGGAACAGCCAAACAACGAACAAACGGAGCAAGAUACAGCGACUCCAGCUUCAGAGCAGACAGGCGGUGAAACACCGAGCAAUGAUAAGGACGCGCAGAGUCCCGAAGAGGUUAAUCCUGAAGCCUCUGGAAAUAGUGAGAAUGCCCCAGAGCAGAACGGAGCUCCCGAUGAUUCCGCGACCCAAAAGCGGGAGAUACCUACGCAGGAAACUGACGGAUCAGGCGGAAAUGGAGGUGCUGGCGGAAACGGAAAUGACGAGACAAAUGCUCCUGGUUCAGAUGCAGGUCCUAAUGCUGAGGUAAAUGAUGAGAAGGCUCCAGCUGAUGACGCCGCACAGGAACCGUCUAAAGAAGAUGCCUGGAAACCAGAUGAAUCGGUGACUCCAGCGCCACAAACUGAUGAGUCUAAAAAUCCGGCGGACCAAGAACAGCCACCCGCAACUCCGACCGAAGGCAAUGACUCGGAGAAUAAAGUAGAUGAGCCCCAAAAGGACAAUGCUGAUACUCAAAAUGAGGAAUCAAAAGACGCUGAGAGAGAUUCGCCCCAAGCAAAGGCCCCGGAGGAGACCAACACAAACCAAGAAGCAGCAUUCCCAGCUCCAGCUCCACAAGCUGAAGAAGCCAACGCUCCCGUGAGACCCCCAAGCCCAAUGGACGACCCUGAGAACAAACCAGAGGACAAGAAUAAUGUAUCGGACCUACCAACUGAACAGCCUAAAGAGGCGGCAGAGGAACCAAACCCAGAACAACAGCCUGAGGUAUCUCCAGCAAAAAAAGCAGCAGAGGAGGCGAAGAAACGCAAAACUAGGAGAAUCAAGGUGGUGAUCUUCCGGAAGAACGGGAAGAAGUACCGGGCGGAGACCCCCCUGGACCCGUUCGGGCAGGAGAUGCGGCACCUGCGGCGCGUCUACGAGAUCUCCGAGGAGUCGCCGGCGGCCAAACGCCCGGCCAACCUGGUGACCCGCGGUCUGGACGCCGAGUCGGAGGCGGCGGCGGCCCCCCACGGCUCCACUCUCAAGCGCGCCUGGGCCUUCCCCGGCGCCGAGGACGUGGAAGAGGACGACCCCUACAACUACCCCCUCAUUGACUUGGCCUACCGCCACAUGGAGGCCGCACCGGAAACCGCCCCCGCUCAACCGGAAAUGAGCAGCGUCACUCCGGAAACACCCAAGAGUCCUGCUUCGCCGACCUUGACCGCCCCCGACACUGCUAAGAAACCAACUUUAGCCUCCCGCGACCUCAACUUCGUAUCCCUGUUGCAUACGGAGGAACCCAGAACAGGCUCAGGCAGUACCCUAUCUACGAGAUCCCUCGGGACCUACGGGAUCACCCUACCACCCUCCCUCACAACGAGGAACCUGGGCUCCUGGGGCCUACUCGGAAACAUUGGCCGCGCAGCGGACAACACUCUUGGAUACGUCCCCAACGCCAUAAACGCCUACAACCAACCAUCAUACAACACGCCCUACAACACGGCAACCGGAUCAUACGGACAGGAACCCUACCAGCAACCUGGCUACACCGGUUAUAACACCUACAACCAGCCUCGCGGGAUCCCAGACCCGAACCAGGUGAACCCGAACCAGAACCAGGUUAUCCCAAACCAGAACCAGGUGAACCCGAACCAGAUGAAUCCGAACCAGACUCAAGUGACCCCAGGGCAGAUUCCGGACCCGAAGAACCCGAACCAGGUUCCAGACCCGCGGAACCCGAACCAGAGGCCGGGCAACGCUCUGGACGGUUCUGAUAACCUCCACGUGGCUGUGUACGAGAAUGGGAUUGAUAAGCCUGGGAUAGUAACUGCGGGGAUCAACGCGGUUUCGAAUGUGGCCAAGGCGACGGUCCACACCGCUGGGGCCUUGGGUGAUGCCGGAUUGGAACUCGUUGGAGGAGCCCUCUCUAGUGCUGAGGGUGGAGUCGGCGCUUUGAGGAGUUUCUUCAACUAUUAGGCUUAAUCAUUUUUAUCCAUUUUGGAUCCUUAGAUUCACGUCGCUGUGUUCCGUGGAUCCUGAUUGGUGGAGGAGGAUGGCUUUAUUGAAGUGGACAUAUUUCUGCCGAACGGAACUAUGUGUAUUAUGACGUGAGCCCUGAUAUGCAUAUAUUCUUAUGAGUCUCAGGGUUCAUGUCUCGAUGCACGUAGUUCCGUUUGACAGAAAUACGUCCAACUAAACCAGUGGCGGGGCGUGAAUAAUCAAUUGUCGAUAUUCCCCCCCUUGAAACUGUGGUAAAGAAUCGAUUAUUAAAGUGUUGGUUGCGAACACUCUGUUUUCAAUCAUUUUCCAUAGGUUUAAACGGCAUAUCAAUCUAUUGAUCGCAAAUCACGCCACUGAACUGAACUUAAAAGUAAAGUUACCUCCGGACUGACCAUUAAUGAUAAUUAAAAUACGAUAUAUUCAACCAUAUUAAAAUAGAGUUUCAACGGUACUUUUGUGUACAUUCGAAAAACACAAAAUAAAUAAAUCACUUUUAACAAACUA